AUGAUAGCGAAAGGUGUGAGGUUUAAUGCUGCAAAGAGAGAAGUGGGUAAAUUUCAUAGUACGACAAUAUUGCAAUUCUCGAUGCUGUGUCCCUCUUGCAAAAAUACAAUUGUUUGCAAGACUGACCCUGAGAAUUGCGAUUACAAUUAUACAGAAGGAGCAUUAAGCACUGAGAAGGCCACAGACAUGGAGUUCAUACCUGAUCCUGAGCAGAAGAUCAAAGAGUAAUCGAAUGCGAUGUAUAAAUUGGAGAGAGAGGUUGAAAAGGUCAAAUAAAAUAACUUGGCUCCCGUUCUAGAGGACUUGCAAAAAUAUCGUUUAGAAAAUUGGAAGGAUGAUUUUGAGAAGAACUUGAUGUUGAGAAGGAAAUUAAAAGAAGAUAAAAUAAAAGAUGCUAUUAUAGAGGAAGAGAAGAAUAGGGUCAAAAACUUUGGGUUACCAAUGGAGGAUUUAACCAAGUCUGAACUUGUAAAUAUGAGCGUUUAAAUAAAUUAGCGAGAAAUUAAGGAGGUCAAAUUUCAAGAAUCAAGUAGCAGAAAAUAACAGAGAGAAAAACGAUAGGAAAUUAUGAGUCAAAGCAUACUGCCUAGUGGUAGGAUGAGUUAGCAAUUACAAAAACAAUUGGAGGAGUUGAAUAAGAAAGUAAGUAAAUUGCCUGCUGCUACCAGAAAGAUAUUCAAAUAGCAAUUGAUGCCUAAGAAAAACAAUUUUAAUUUUUGA